GGAAAAAGUUAAGCAUGCCAUGACCAAGAGACAUUUAGCAGAAGCCAACCGACAGCGCUUGAUGACAUCAUCGACGGAGGAGAGUCCUCCGGUUUCUAAGCGACAGGAGAUGGCCGAGGAUGGCUACCUAACUCCGGGAGAAUCUACCGACGAUGGUAUGAGGAAGGUAUCUUCAAGGAGAGGAGAUGGAAGCAAAAAAUCGAGCAAGAGAGAUAAAGAUUGCAGUUUUAAUGAGCAUGAUCCCCUAGCACGCUCAUCCUCAAGCAAAAGCGAUCUCUCCACAUCAAGCUUCAGCGACGAAUUUGCACGAAAGUUGCAAGAAUGGGAGAAAAUGAGGCUGAGACCGUCAGGUCCAGCUCCAUUGCAGAAACAAGGAUCCUUCGAGAGUGGAUCCGAUGUACCAUCGUCCCGUCCAGUGGAUAUAGAGUCCGAACUGAACAAAGGUCUUACGGAAGAGUUCAGCAAGAAACUUGCAGAAUGGGAGAAGAUGAAGAAGUCUGGGUAUGGUGCCACCAGCCCCAAGGGUGAGCCCAAGCAGAAGAGAAAUGUCAAGGAGAAGAAGGACAGUACAAAGAACUCGAAAGACAAGGAGAAGCAGAAGACCAAAGAGUCGCCUUUGUUGACUAGGAGGAGUAAAUCUCCAGAGGCAAAACUCUCACGGAACAUUGUAGUCAUUGAGGAUGCAGAUGGACAGUUGAAACUUGAGGGUGCCUCAAAAGAAUUUUCCAAACGCUUCCAGGAGUGGGAGAAGAUGAGAAGCCAAUCAUCCAUGAACACUUCGGACAGUGACUCCCCGUCUCAGAGGGUGAUGAAGCAAGGUUCUGAGGAUAGCAGUGAGCCAGGUCCUCAGAGAGAACGGGCAGCGUCUCCUAGAAGGACAGACGAUCCCUCAAAGACCACACCCUCAAGGAAGGACAACAGUCAAGCUCAGAAGAAAGCAGGAGCCACAUCCCACGAGGCAGGGUCCCAGUCAGAGUUCCCGGAUGAUGGAAGGCCAGGGGAAGAUGCAGUCUUUGCAGAAGCAGAGGAACACAUCACCAAGCUGGAGGAAAAGAACACCUUCCUAGCAACGCAGCUGAAGAGGAAAGAUGUGAAUCUCCAGGCCGUCCAGUCGGAGCUGGAGACCAUGCAGCAUCAGCUGGAGCAGAUAGGAGGUAGCAAGAGAGAUCUUUUGCAAAAACGCACCAGUACUUGCUCCUCGAUCGGUGAGUCCCUUUUAGAGGAGGAACUCAACGACAUCAAAUCGCAGGUCGAGAAGCUCGAAAAGCAGUAUCAGCUGCGCAUGAAACCGUCCAAACGAUCUUCACUUCUUCUGCGAUCUCCACCGCCAUCAUCGUCGUCAUCGUUGUCUUCGUCGUCGCAGCCAACGGCAGCAUCAGAGUCAUCCGUGGCAUCAAAGGAUAGCCCAGUGGUGAAGGUUCCAAAUCCGGAGGUCACGACCUCAGAGGUUGCGACCUCAAACCCCAAGGAGCCACAGACCAUGGAUGUCGUUGAUGCAUGCGUCUCUACAGGUCGGUCUUCCGUUGGGUGUGAUUCAAAUCCAACUCCUAUUUUAUUUAUCUAUCUGACUGAUCCUUAUUCCUUCUAUUAAUAACUCUCCAUUUUUCAACAGAUUUCCAUAACAAGGCAUGCUUGCUGCAAGCGUUUGAAUUUCAUUAAUGAAUGGUGGAUGCUACACCCUGUAACUCUUUUCUUUAAAAAAUUUCAGAGAAAAUGAAUAUAUCAUACUUUUUCUACAUUGUAACUUGGGGGUAUUUUACAAAGAGAUAAGUCGUGGCUGAAAAUCAUGCUUAUAUAGGUGCCAAUGCUUACGUGAUAAUUUAUGCCUAAUUUAUAUCUUGGAUAGGCUAAAGAACAUGUCCAAAUACCUUGAUCUGACCAGUGUGGUGAUGUGUUACACUUACCACACCUUACUUGGAAUUUAUGUGCAAAAUUUUAGUCACUCUUAAAUCUUUGUGAAACAUCCUCCAGAUACUUUUUUUUCUGGUGAGAAGAGUCUCUAAUAAUUGUUGAAAACAACAUAAUCCUACAUGGUUUCACAUAAUGUUGCGAUACUGUCCUUGAAAUGAUUUUCAUGGUUUGCUAAAUUGCUCAUUGAAAUCUGGAAUAUUGAUUUCUUCUUCAGUCAAUGACAAGUGCUUUUCAAUUUAAGAUUAUUUCUACAAAUUGAGUAAAAACAAAUACAUGUAUCAAAUAAAAUCUAAAAAGUUCACAUAUAAAUAACAGUUACAAUGCAAGAAUACCAUUUCUCAUUUUUCAUACAAUUUUUUCUUUUAAAUCAUAAAUAUAUCAAUGAUUUCAUUUCCAAAGUGGCUCAAAACAAAUAAAAUGAUGAAAAAAUCAAUUAUGGUCUUUCCAGGAUUUCUGGUGCAAAUGUGGGCAGGAUUUUAGGACAUUUUCAUUUUAGCUUUUUGCAUGGGG